CGAAUGUGUUCGAAAAUGGGCUAGCCAACAUUCGCAAUGACGUCGUUCAGUUUCUUGUAAUAUUCAACUAAGUGCGCAUAGUAUCCUGUCAUUAUUUUUGAAAUGUGCUUCAUAUACCCGUGUGAAUUGUCAUUUAAAUAUACAUGACAAUUGUGCACGCGUGAUCGAAUGUACAUUCAAUUGUAUUUUGCGCAGUUUUUUCUCUGAUGAGUUUGUGUAAUGCACUUUUUGAACUAAACAUUGCCAUAUGGCAAUUGCAUACACACAUUUGAUGCAGAAUAAAUUUAUAUAAAGAAAACCAAUUUGCAAAUACAUUAUAAUAAUGGCACCCCAUUUGCGAAUUUUAUCAAAUGUUUUGGAGCGUUUAAAGAAUGUAAAAACAAGCGUGACAGGUCACUUAUAUGGUGUCAUGUAUAAUAAUACAUUAACUGUAUUAACAUUUAGUAUAAAUGUAGAAAACAACAUUGAAUCUGACAUAAAUCAUACAACGUUACAAUUACAUAUGCCAGCAGAGAUAUAUCUCUGUGGUAUUGUACAUAUAGAUGAAUGGGAAGAAAAGCUUCCAGAUACAUUUCAAGACAUUGAUAUCACCGAUAAUCCAUUACUUUUGAAAUAUUCACAUGAAAAUGCAAGAAUAGAAGCUUAUUUUUAUAUACAUCAAAAACUAGAAGCUAUUAAUAAUGUAAAUAUUAUUCAUGAAAAUGAUAUUCAAAGAGAAUUUAUAUAUAUUAGAUUGAGAGGAAGCUUGCCAUUAAUUGCUCAGAGUGGUAAUGUGAUGGAAAUAUUAGAUGAACUGAGAAAAAAUAUUGCAUCAGGAAAGAUAGGCAUUCAUUUUCCAUCAAAAAAUACUUUCCUUUUUAAUAAUGAAAAUAACUUAAAGGAUGCAUCUUUAAGAGAACUCAUAGAUGUGCCAGAAUAUUACGAGGGAACUACAAAUAUAGGAAAAAGCACUUUGCGAUCAACUAGAGUUGUGGAUGCUGUGGAUGGUAAUAUACUUUUAAAAUUAUCUGGGGACCGGUUUUCUGAAGAACAUAUUAAAUAUGCUCCAGUACUCCAAUAUGUAAAACGACAAUUUGAUAGUUUUGAAUGUAACCUGCCUAUUGAUACAUUGUCUUUGGUCAAUGUUAAUGUAAGUUCAGCAGACUUGCAUGGUAUAUUGUUAGAAUCCAUGUGCCGAAAUAUUAAAUUAAUACAGAAGUGUUUUAACGAUCAGCUUAAGCAGUCUGAUCAAUCUGUAAAAUUACCUAUACCCAUACAUUUUAAACCCCAAGGUUUAGGACAUUUGUUUACAGUAGUCUAUUCAAAAGAUACCACUGAUACAGAAACAAUAGCAUACCGUGAAGCUUUACAUAAAAUUUUGGGUCUAGAUAUGACCAAACCCUGUUUCUGUUAUGGAAAUGCUGUGAACUUUUAUAAUGCAUCUCGUAUGGAUGAUAUUCUUAUAAAUCCUCAUGAAGCAAUUGUACAAAACGAUGAUAUAAUGAAUAAUACAAAAGAAAUAGGCAUUCUAGGUGGUGGUGUAUUAGCUCACACAAUUUUGGGAGUUUGCCAUGACAAAAGUACUGGCGAUGUAAAAUUUUUAAUUUUAGAUCCACAUUACACUGGAUUGGAAAAUUUAUCAACUAUAAUAAGUAAGGGUUGGUGUGGGUGGAAAAAUAAAGACUUUUGGAAGAAAAAUGCAUUUUAUAAUAUGUGCCUUCCUCAAAGGCCAUUACGUAUCUGAUUAUAUUGAAUUUGAGCCUAAAUUGAAUACCAUCACACUAGCAGUGUUCAUAUGUACUCAUUGCCAAUUAAUGUAUCAAAAACAGUGUGGUAUACAAUUAAAUAUUGCAUUUUGAAAUGGAUGUGCAACUUCAGAAUAUUAUAUUUUGUGACACAGUUAUUAUAAUAUAAGAAUUGCCAUCCAGAACUGUUGUAAUAAGAGAAGUUGUAUUAUGUAGUAUAAAAGAAUUGCAUUCUACAUGCAUUUUCUUUGAAUUCCUAAGAAUAAAUGAAAGAACAUAAUAUUUAAUAUUAUGUACAAUGUAAAUAUUCAUUCCAAUUUACUAUAUUGAUACUUUAAUGUUAUCUGUUUUUAAUAUUUAUAAUGUAUAUGAAAUUAAAUGCAUUUAUGUUUGCAAUAACCAUUAUAUUACCAGGUUUUUUUAUGAACUUAACAUAAAAAUGCAUAUAUUGUUUACAGAAAUAUAUUUAUUAUAAUAUCCCUAUUGAAAUCAACUAUAUUUUUUACACAAUUUCCAAAGAAAU